AUGGAGAGAAAGGGCUAUUUCCAGACGAACCUUCGAGAGGUGUCUCAGUUCAGGCGCACCCUCAGCAACCAAGCCCCUCAAUGCAGGACCAGCUGCAGUGAGCAUGUUGUGAGAUGUGUGAACUGCAUGCAGUUUACCGCAGUGUGUGCUUGCGGAAUGGUGCACGUGGUGACACCAUGGAUGCUUGGGGCGAUCGAGGCCACCCUCAUGCUCGUCCUGUAUUUUGUGGUGGUGCCAGACUCGUUGUACAACAUCGAGGGUGCUGCAGGUGCUCUGGGUAGCCAUGCCAGCAAGAAAUACCAUUUCGGCUUUGCUCACUCCACAGAGGACGUGCUCAUCCUUUCACUCGUCCGUGUGGUGCUGCUCAGCGUGUCAUAUGGCUUUGGGUCAGGAAAGUAUUGCCACAGGCCAUAUUAUGUUGUGGCACUGUUCACUUCCACCUUCAUGGUCCCAUAUAUGGUCGUGAAGGCUGCUGUUACAGUCAUGAGCCCUGUGAUGCCCAUGCUGGCACUUGUGGCAACAUCAGUUGCGUUUUCGAUCGUCCAUAUCGUUGUUGCACAUCUGACAGUAAAGAGGACCCAGCGCCGGGUCAACAUGGGGCUGAUCGGCUUUGGCUACCCUUGGGAGGAGGGCGAAGAGGCAUGGGUCAUGGCAGGCAGGCAGCAGUCGAUAAGGGAAAGCACAAUGCAGGAGGGUCUGCUUUCCAGCGAUGACGAUGUACCCAGGGAGAUGCUGGCAGACGAGAGCAGCAAAUUUGUGGACUGUGGGGGGCUCUCAGUUCAUUACAAAGAAGAAUACCCAAGGGGUCGCCCCUGUGUGGGCGAUGGCACCUUUGCUGUGGUAUUCAUCCACGGUUUUGGUGGUGGCGUGUUUGCCUGGCGGAAUUUGAUGCGGCCUUUGGCUGAGCUCUGCGGAUGCCGCGUUGUUGCAUUUGAUCGUCCUGCAUUUGGACUAACAGCUCGACCACAGGUCAGCCCAGAUCGGGUGAGCCCUUACACAACAGCGGCGCAGAAGAAGCUGACUGUGCAGCUGUGCCAGGCUUUGGGCAUCAGACAGUUGAUCCUGGUGGGGCACUCUGAUGGGUGUGUACUUGCUCUCAUGGUUGCCGCAGCUUUGGGCAGCAGGAGGCCUCAGACUGGGCUCUCAGCUGAACCCAAAGAGAUGGUCAGCGUGAGCAGGUGUACCUCGGCAUCCAGUGGUCGUGAGCAGUCAGUUGAAAUAGGGCUGUCUGUCAGGAAUUCUAGUGGUGUGCCUGAAGAGAGUUUGCCUGGCAGGCUCUCUUGUGGGGCUGUGUCAUUGGAAGGAUCGAUACAGCACUCUGGGGCCACUACGACUACAACUUCAACUCUUGACAGCGCUGCCAGCAGCAGCAGCAGCAGCGUGCAGUCUCAGGGGCUCACAGUGGAGGCAAUUGUGUUUCUACAUCCGGACUUCUCAUGUGAUGAGGGCCUCAGCUUCACAAAUUUACUGAUGCAAUCCAAGCUGGGACGCCGAUUCCUGAGACCCUUGCUGCGGUCUGAGAUUGGCGAGGUGGCAAACCGACGGGCGUGGUACGACACCUCAAAGCUGACCCGUGAGAUUUUGGACCUAUACAAGGCUCCUCUCAGAAUUCAAGGGUGGGACUCUGCGCUGGUGGAGUUCACACGCGUGAGGAACCAAGUCACGCCCCAGCAGAUCUCAGAGUGCCAAAGGAGGGUGGGUGGUGUACAGGUGAUGGUGGUCACUGGGGACAAGGACCGCAUUGUGACACCAGAGAAGGCAGCGAGCAUCGCCAACGAUUUUGGGACGCCAAAUCUGUCUGUUAUCCCAGACUGUGGCCACAUAUCCCAUGAGGAAUGCCAUGAGAUGCUGUUGGAUCUGCUGACAGGAUUUGUGGAACAUUCGUAUGGGGCCCUGGGCCUGGGUUCCCACGAGCCAUGA